UUCCUGAUCUGGUUUCCUGCUAGCUGGGAAUUUUCUCCUGAAAUUUUGCAAUGCUUGCUGAAGUGCAGUAGUGUGCCUGAAGCAAAACAAGAAAAAAAAAUCUUUCAGUAUGACCGUUUUCACAUGACCAGGAACUUAAACAAAGUCAUGAUUUUGCGUAGCUGUGGUUUUACGAUGAAUGAGAUAUGCUUUAAAAAGGCAUAUUUUCUUAGUUGUGUUUCAAUAGCCAGCCAAACGCUUUAACAUUUUUCAAAUCUGAUUUGUAGAACACUGAGGGCCUGGCAGAAUGCCAAAUAAAGAAGGGUUCACUGAGUCUUUUGAAGGAGAGGUGGGAGUCUUGUGAUCCAAUUGCAUCGUUUUCAGGGAAUGCUCUCAGAGGCAUGAGUCCUUACUUCAGCCUCCUUCCAGUGAACUGAAGGUCCUGCUGAGCGAGCUGCUCUCGAUAUAAGGCUCUUAGACAGGUACUGAAGAGCUUUUAACAUCAGCCUUUCGACAGCAGUCUGAAGUCACCAGUCAGCCAAUGCUUCCAUCCCCAGAAUAUCAGAGUGUGUAAUUCGAGUACCAGAGCUGGAAUUUCUGUGGUAGCCUGACUGAAGGCAUCCUGUGUUCUGACAUAACAGCUUACUUGCUGAAAAUAUUAUUUGUACGAGAAUGGAAAGUGAUCCAGAAACCAGAAUGAUGGUGAGUGAAACACAGAGAAACGACGUUUUAGCUUCACCCAUAAGCAUGGAAGAAACUGAAUCAGCCCAAAGUGAAGUUGUUAAGGAAGAUUUACAAGCUACCAGAAGGAUUGAGAAAUUUUCUAUCCCACUGGAUGAUUUAAGAAUGCUGUUUGAGAAGACAGACUCUCCAAGGAACUGCAAGAAGGAAUUGAGAGGUGGAGGUUCACCCUUACUACUAUCAAAGCAACAACUUGGAAAUCUUCCAGACGGUGGAGUGAGUGGAAGCCUGGAGAAAACAAUGGAUGGCAAGGAAACAAGCAACAGUGAGGCUGCUGUCACAUCUGAUGAGCCUAGCCAGGCUGACGGUGUGCCUUUUGACAUCCGAGAGACUGCUUCACUUAAAGAGAGACUGGCGAUGUAUCAAGCAGCUGUUUCAAAGAAGGAGAAAAGCUGCCCUUCAGCUGAUGGUCCAGAAGAGGAAGCACGAGCCCUGCCUGGAGGUCUAGCAAGUGUGAAGAAACAGUUUGAGUCACAAGGGAUUGCCUCCACACAUAGUGCCGCUGCCCACUACCACUACCAGCAGCGAUCUGAGCAGGAUGUAACAACUACCACUGAAAUUACAGUGAACAACAGCAUCAGAAAGACAGACCAUGGAGAUGAUGUACUGCAAGCUGGUGAACAACACUCCUCUUAUCAAACAGAAAUGGUCUCGGUUACUGAGCAGAAUACUCAGCAAACGAGAGUGAUGGAACAUUUUGAAAAUCACUUCAAUGUGGAUGGAAUGACCGAAGAUGAGAUGCCUAAAAUCUCCACUCAGAUCUUAAAGCAGCAGUUUGAAAAAUCAGCCCAGCCCACCCAGACGGCAUCAAACACCACCAAACAGAUUAAGGCAGAACUUAACGUUGAAGAUAUGGAGUGGCCUCCUCUUGUCUCCACAUCCAACAUUUCUGCAAGAGUGGGCAAGCUUACUGAAGUUGCCACAUUGAGAGAAAUAGAGAGUGCAGCUGCUUCAUUUUCUGUCAAUUCCAGUAACCGUGGGAGCAUGGAAGAAUUCCCUCCUCCUCCGCCGGAGUUGCUCAAUACACCUCCUGAAAUAAAUUUGUCGCCGCAUCCCGAACCAUCCCCUUCCUCAAGAAAACAAGUCAUUCCCAAGGACCUAUAUGCCAAACAAAGGAAUCUGUACGAAUUGAAGCGUUUAUAUAAACAUAUCAACCCUGAGAUGAGGAGGAACCUGGAAAAGGAAUUAAUUCAAGAGAUCAGUGAGAUUGUGACGAACGAAACGAAAGAAACCAAUGUAGUUGGGGAUGUACAGCAGGCUCGAUAUGUUUUUGAACAAACUGGUCUCAGUCCUCAGAAAUGUGUGAGCCCAGAGAGGGAGUAUUUAGAAUGGGAUGAGAUCCUCAAAGGGGAGGUGCAGUCCAUGCGCUGGAUGUUUGAGACUCAACCCUUAGAUUCCAUCAAGGAUGAAUCCCCUGAUGAAAGCAAUGGAAAAUGCAUUUCCCAGCAGGAAAUGAUAGCAGGAGGUGACGUAAAGUACACAACUUGGAUGUUUGAGACGCAGCCUAUCGAUACUCUCGGUGUAAGUCCUCCUGAUUCUACAGAGAUCACGGGCAAGAUUCCCGAAUUAGCCAGAGGAGAUGUUCGCACUGCCACCUGGUUGUUUGAAACACAGCCGCUGGAUUCCAUGAAUAGGAAGUACCAGGAAAGUGAUCAGGCCGCAGAGACUACUGUCACUAAAGACAUUACCGCUGGUGAUGUCAAAACUGCAAGGUACUUAUUUGAAACUCAAUCCCUUGACACACUUGGGCACUUAGAUUCUGUUGAUGAAAGUAACUUCCUGCAGUUAAAAUCUGAAGUCGAAGAAAUAAAAGGAAAUGUGAAGAAGACACUGAAGUUGUUUGAAACCCAGCCCCUCUAUGUUAUUAGGGACCAGGCUGGUCAUGUGCUGGAGAUCAAAACUGUUAAAAGAGAGGAGAUUGAGAGAGGUGAUGUCACGACAGCUCGCUGGCUAUUUGAAACUAAACCUUUAGACAUGAUUAAUAAGGAUGUUUCAAGUAUAAAGGUUGUAUGCGGGAUCUCCAGGGAGGAAGUUAAUCGAGGCGGUGUCAGCAGGGCUAAGUGGCUCUUUGAAAUGCAUCCACUGGACAGCAUCAAAGAACAGGUAGAAACAGAUUCUUCUACCAAGUAUAAAGAAGAAAUCCUUGGUGCUGAUGUGAGCAAACAAUGCUGGAUGUUUGAAACACAGCCAAUUGACUCACUAAAAGACAAUGACAAUGCAAGGUCAGUAGAAAUGGAAGAAAUAAUAGGGGGAGAUGUACGUUCAACGAAACAUUUGUUUGAGACACUUCCUAUGGAUGCCCUGAAGGACAGCCCAGACAUAGAACAGCUUAAACAUACGAUUGCUUCCGAAGAACUUAAAGGGAACGUGAGACAUCAGACUUGGGUUUUUGAGACCCAACCACUUGAGACGAUCGGGGAAGAGAAAGUAAAAUAUACAAAAUCAAUCCAACUCGAAGCAAUCAAAAAAGGUGACGUGAGCAAUUAUAGGCAGGUGUUUGAAACCAUGAAUUUAAGUCACAUUGAUGAAUCGAAAAAGAUUCAAGUGGAUGGUGUAACCAGUGGCGCUGUGCGGUCUAAUAGGACUUUAUUUGAAACAACUCCACUAUAUGCCAUUCAAGAUAGUGCUGGACACUAUCAUGAAGUCAAAACUGUGAGGAGAGAAGAAAUUGUGAGGGGUGAUGUUCGAACGUGCAGAUGGAUGUUUGAGACGACUCCUGUUGAUCAAUUUGAUGAAAGUAUUCAGAAGUUUCAAAUAAUCAGGGGGAUAUCUAAGGAAGAAGUACAAUCUGGUGAUGUGAAAACAGCCAAGUGGCUCUUUGAAACACAGCCACUUGAUACCAUAAAAUAUUUCAACAGCGCAGAAUGUGAAGAAAUCACUACAAAAGAGCUUGAGGACAUCAGAGGGGACGUUCAAACUUGCCGAUGGCUGUUUGAGACUCAGCCAAUGGAUGCUCUCUAUGAAAAGAUAGAUGUUAAAGAUGAAGUAAGUGAGAUCCAGAAAGGCGAUGUGAAAACGUGUACGUGGUUAUUUGAAACACAGCCCUUAGACACAAUAAAAGAUCACUCAGAAACAUUCAUCACAAUGCGAACCAUUCAGCAGGAAGAGAUACAGGGAAGUGACGUUCAGUUAGCUCGGAUUCUAUUUGAGACUGAACCUCUGGGGAAUAUCCAAGGGGAAAAGAAGGAAGAAUUUAGACAAAUAACUGAAAUAGAUAUUCAGUCAGGGGAUGUAUCCCGUAAGAAAUGGAUCUUUGAAAAUAAAUCCCUUGACUUGAUUAGCUCCAGUUCAGAAGAAACUUUGAAGAAAAUUAGAUCUGUGACAGCAGAAGAUAUUCAGAAGGGUGAUGUCAUUAAGUGUACCUGGCUUUUUGAGAAUCAUCCAAUAGAUAUGAUCAGAGAAAGGUCUGAAGAAAGAGAAAAUUUUUGCACAGUCAAAGAUGUUCAGGGUGGAGAUGUUGGUAAAGGACGCUUCAUUUUUGAGACCUUCUCACUGGAUCAGAUUAAGGAAGAAUCAUCGGAAAAUACACAUAGUAAGAAAUUUAGUAUGGAUGAAAUAGAAAAAGGAGACGUCAAAAACUACACUCUGCUGUUUGAAACCCAGCCGUUAUAUGCUAUUAAAGACAAGGAAGGGUGUUACCAUGAAGUGACGACAGUUCGGAAAGAGGAAGUGAUCACUGGGGAUGUACGGGGUACCAGAUGGUUGUUUGAAACUAAGCCUUUAGACCUAAUUAAUGAAAAUGAUGAAGUAUAUAUCAUCAAAGCUGUGACGCAGGAGGAUAUUCAAAAAGGCGAUGUAACUUCUGCACGUUGGAAAUUUGAAACACAACCACUGGACAAAAUUGCAGAUGAUGAGAAAGUAAUCCCAAAAACAAUCUGUGACGUGCAAGGUGGGAAUGUGAGAUCAAGUACCCAGCUAUUUGAGUCCAACUCCCAGCAGAAAUAUGUCAGAACAGUCAGUGUCAGUGAGAUUCAACAUGGUAAUGUUAGGACAGCCACUUGGCUUUUUGAAACUCAUACAAUUGAUGAGAUAAAAGGAGAAGAUUCAGAGUAUAAGGAGAUUAAGACCGUUGAGCGAGAAGAUGUACAAAAAGGAGAAGUGAAGCAGGCCAUUUGGCUUUUUGAAAAGCAGCCACUGGACAGCAUACAGGAGGUUAAUAAAACAUCUACAAAAAUACUUCAGGAAGAUAUUCCACAAGGAGAUGUUAGAACCACAACCUGGCUUUUUGAAACGACACCUUUGCACCAGUUUAAUGAAAGUCCAGUAGAGAAGCCAGAAAUAAUGGGGAAAAAUAUUAAGGACACCCUUAAAUCUCUUUAUGAUUGCAAAAUCCUUCAAUCCCGGGGAAUCCUGAUUGAAGCAAAUGAAGUUGGAAAUGUCAAAAUGGCUAAAUAUCAACUUUUGAAUCAAACCUCCCCAGAGAUACAAAAAGAACAAAUUGUCAGGGGAGAUCUGCAACAUAUCAUGAUGAAGUUAUUAUCCAAGAGAGCAACUCCAGUGAAGGGAAUUACUGUUGACCAUGAUGAAAAAGGCAACAUCCAUUUGACAACAGCACAGCUUUUGAAGAGAGCAACAGAUAUUGAUGUAAAUAAAGAGGAAAUAAUUGGUUGUAAUAUUCAGCAAGCAAUCGACAAGCUUUUAAAUCAAGACACUACUGCAAAGAAGGGAAUUCUAAUUCAAGAGAGUGAAAAGGGGGACAUCAAAAUGACAGUUUAUUCUCUUCUCAACAGGACAGAUUACACUAAAGUCCACCAAGGUGAAGACAUUAAAGGAGAUGUUCAAGGGGCAAUUAAUAAGCUUAUAAAUACACCUCAGAACAGUGGACUUUCUCAGAAAGUUAAAGUAAAUGACAUAGAAAAAGGAAAUGUUCAGUUCUAUACAACAUGCAUUGAAUCAGGGGCAUUGGACUAUCUUAAACUCCUUCAGCUGGAGACUGAUGAAACUGUUGUAGUUCAAGAGGAACCCGAGGAAAUGAUUCAUGGUGAUGUCAAGGCUGCUAAAAAAAUGCUUCAGAUGCAACAAAUGCAAAUUGAACGGACAGUUGCAGAGUCUGAGAUUUUAUCUGGAGAUGUCCAAAGUGCAAUGUUGGCUUUUACCACAGAAAAGCAAAAUAUAUCUCCCAACACUGAAAAAGAAGAAAUUAUACCUGGAAAUUUAAAGGCAGCUUUGGAUUCACUCAAUCAAACCAUUAGUCAACCCAUACUUGUAGAAAAGGAACCAGUUGUAUGGGGCAACUUAUCAGCAACUCUCAAGUCUCUUGAAGAUGCAAAAUGUCAUAAAAAAGAUGUCAAAAAGUUUGUUGGUAUCCCAGGGGAGAUUAAAGGCACCCUGGAUUCAUCACAGAAGUCAGUAAUUAGUAGAGUCAAAGAAAAUGAGGAAGAUGUGGUGUGCGAUGACUCCACUCCUUUGGAAGAGGCUCAAAGUAAAAUGAAGCACAUUGAAAAGGAAAUCAUAAUGAAAGGUGACUUUCAAACCACAACAGCAAGUGUGCUGGAAAAAAGUUCUGAAAAGAUAGCAUUCCCACACCAGUUGGGCAAAAAAGGAUGUGUGAAAGCUACAAUCCAAAAACUACCAGACUGGUCACAACUUCACACCAGUACAUCAGCAGGAAGCCAAAGUAACAUUGUAGUGCGACGUGAAGGCCAGAAACACAUGUCUGUAGCAAAAAAUAUUGAGGAUAAAGAAGAUGCACUGGCCUGCAUAAAAUCACAUUUAGCAGCUCAAGAGCGAAAUAAUAUCAAUAUUACCAAGCACACUAAUAAGGGAAUUCAGGCAAAACAGAGCGUGAAACAUCUUGUGAGUACACAAAAUGUUAAUACGAGAGUAGAUCAUCCAGUGAAAAGUUAUCCAAGAGAGAAAACACAAACUGUUUCACUAACUGAUGACCAACAUCAAAAUGAAGUUGUUAAGAAAAGCAGAACAAUCUCAGAUGUGUAUGCAACCUCAAGUACCUCUGAACAUAUUGGUUCUCAAAAAGUAAAUGUGACCAGAAACAAAUCUACAGUUGACAGUAAAGAAGUUUUCUGUUCAGUUGAUGGAAAAACACCUAAACAGUUUGUUUCAGUUUCAAAGAAAGUUCAGAAAACCUCCCAUUUGCCAAAAAGUUCUGAAUGUUUUGAUAUAUCAAAUACUGAAAUUUGUGCAGGAUCAGAUACAGUUGUUGGACAAGUGGUGACCUGUGCAACCAACCAGGGCACUAAUAUCACUCAGCAAAGUGCACAGACGUUAAAUCAAGACAUUCAGACUUCGUCAUUGCACUCAACUAUAGAAAAUGAAGUAGGAGCUAGAAAUGAAAUUACAAACAUUAAUGACUUGCGUAAGGCUGACAGCCUUAGUCAGGGAAUAAAUAAAGAACUUGUACCGAUGGUCAAAUCUGGAACAACUUUAUUUGAAAAAUCAAAAAUAGCUACAAAUGGCAUGGGUAAUAAAAUUGACAAAACUAGAAGGGAAGUAUUAAGCCAUGUGAAAAAGGAGAGAAAAGCCAUGCCUGAUGAUCAGUUUUCAGUUCCGCUGUAUUCUUCGCCUGAACCUCCUCUUCCCCCUCCUCCUCCUCCUCCACCUGGAGAAGAUGAUGGUCAAAUGUUUCCUCUCCCACCACCACCACCACCUAUCAUCCAAAUGAAACCAGAGGUGUAUGAAACAGAACUUCCUCCUUCUCCUCUCCCUCCUCCACCCCCUCUUCCCGUUAGUCCCACUAGAACUCUUGCACAGGUAUCCUUAAUCACAGGACACCUUCCUCCAUCAUCAUUACAGUCUGAUUUGAAUUUACUACCGCCUCCAACCUCUUGCCCUCAGUCUCCUUCGGAACAAAGGAGAUAUGUUAACAAGGCAUUGAAGCCGGAGUCAACAUCAAAGAUGCCACACCUUGAAUAUCUCCAGCCACAAGAGCAAAUCAACAAGAAAGCAGCAUCCAUUUUAAAACCAAAUGUAAUUAUGCCCGAGGAAUCUGUAUCAUCAAAGCUGGGUAUUCAACAGCAGAGUCAGGAAUUGAUGCAGGAAAAUAUUGUUCUGUGUUCAUCAAGUCCACAGGCUGUACAAUCCCCAUUUCCCCCAGGAGUGUCCCUCAACCCUAUUCAAAAACCAACCCAGCCAAAGGAACCAAAAUCUCCUUCUGCUAGUAAAAGAGUUUUUGUACCACCUGCUCCUUCACCUACACCAGAAGCUGUAAAGCCACAAUCUAAACCUUUUGUCAGGAAAUUUAAAACUCCUUUAAUGAUAGCUGAAGAAAAAUAUCGAAAAGAGAGAGAAGAAAUAGAAAAAAAUAAAGCAGCAAAAAUGACUUGGACUGUAAAUACAGGGAAGGUAGCAACAGAGGAGUCAAAGCUCUCAACGAGGGCAGGACCUGAAAAUGUGAAGCCUUCAGUCUUGUCGGCUGCAGCACGGGCUGCUGACCAUCAUCUAAAUUCCACAGUUUUUCAGUUAAUGGAAACAGAAAAUGUGACUACUACUGAGAGACAUGUCAGUCACUCAAAGCCUGGAGGUCUUACUGCUGAAGGCCAUGCCCCUCGACCAAAACCAGGAGACUCGACUGCCAAGGGCAAUCCAAUCUAUCCAAAACCAGGAGGCCCUAUUGCUGAGGAGCAUCCAAUCUAUCCAAAACCAGGAGGCCCUAUUGCUGAGGAGCAUCCAAUCUAUCCAAAACCAGGAGGCCCUAUUGCUGAGGAGCAUCCAAUCUAUCCAAAACCAGGAGGCCCUUCUGCUAAGGGACAUCCAAUCCACCCAAAACUAGGAGGCCCUAUUGCUGAGGAGCAUCCAAUCUAUCGAAAACCAGGAGGCCCUUCUGCUAAGGGACAUCCAAUCCACCCAAAACUAGGAGGCCCUAUUGCUGAGGGGCAUCCUGCUCAUCCUAAAGUAGAGGGUCCCACUGCUGAGGGACAUUCCAUUCAUCUAAAAUCAGGCAGUACCUCUACUGAGGGACAGUCUCCUCGUCCAAAACCAGGAGGUCCCUUUGCUGAGAGACAAUUCUUUCCUCCAACGUUAAAAGAGCCUCCUGCUGUGGAUAGCAUAUCCACAGAAACAGUUACCUCUGCUUCUUCCUCCCAGUCAACACUGUUGUCAGCGUCCGAGCAGCUGCAUCAUAUCUUAAACAAUUCUGCAGAUCUAGCAAUUAAUAAGGAAGCAACUUUAAACACACUUAAAGAUUCAGUGAAAGACAUUGAACAACACAAGGAGGUGCACAAAAAGGCACAAGCUGGUAAUCUGAAAUCUCAGUCAACAUCCGAGCCAAAAUUUAGGGUUAAAACUAUCCAGCUUCCUAAAGGUGUUCAAAAAAUGCAGGAAAAGAAAGUCGAUGCAUUGCCAUACAAAAUGGAGCAAAAGCAAUAUUUAAAAGCAGAAGAAAAUAUAAGUCAAAAGAAGGUUGCUAUUAAGCAACAGCUUCAACAAAAACAAAAUGACCAUGUUGGUGUGGCAGAGAAAGAGCAACUUAACUUCAGUGUUCAGGAUGAAUAUAGUUGCUCAGUAACUGAACAGAGAGACUGGAACAUUGAAAGGAUGGCAUUGUCAAAAACACUUACAACAAACCUGACAGAUGAUCAUGUGAAAAAUAAGAGAGAGGUGCAACAGAAUUAUCAGCAGCCAUACAGGGCUCAUUUAGCAGAAACUCUGAAAACUCAGAACAAGAAGAUGGGUGAUGCUGGGUAUAAAGAAGCAAAGAAAGAAAAAGAAAAGCAGCAUCACGUUAAAACUCAAGGAGAAGCAAUUAAAAAGGUUCAAGGAGAAAGAGUGCGACAGAAAGUUGACUUAGCAAGCCAUGCAGUUCACCAAAGCCCGUUGGGCAUGCAAGCACAAGCACAAAAACAGCUUGAUUGGAUGGAAAGGACAUUUGGAGAAAAUCAAGUCGAAACUAAAUACAGCACCUUUCAGGCAAAGGAACAAGAAGUUUCUAAUGGAAUAAAUGCAAGUUAUGAGCAAGGGCUGGUCCCUGCUCACACCGAGGAUGUAAAACAGGAGAACAAGGAAAGCAGAGAAACAACAGCAUCCGAAAAGGAAUUUGAUAAAAGAGUUGCAAAGUAUUAUGUGGAAAUCAGUGAUAGUUACCAAAAACGUGAGGAGCUGCAAAACAUUUUAUUCAGAGUAAUUCAGUUUGAAAGAGAUAAUGAUAAUAUGGAUUUAAAUGUUAUGAAAAGCUUUUUAGAAGGGGUUCCAACUUGGCUUACUGAUGGCCAUGAAUUCACCAUGAAAGAUAUCAAUGGAAAGAAUUUACAAAAUAUAAAAAAGGAACUAACGCAGAUUAAAAAGAAAGCAUUACUUAAGCUUGCAUAUUUUGAUGAAUUAAUUCAGAAAGCAUUGAUAUCUAUUUCUGGUCUAAAAUUGGAAAAUGAAAUGUUUCGUUCUGCCUCGCCUUCACAAAAGAUAUCCAAGAUAAGUAUUGGCUCGUGCAAAUUAGAAAAGCAGGUGAAAGACGGUAUAGAAGAGCAAGCAUGUGAAAGUAAAAGGGGACAAGUGACCGAAGGUAGACUUGCAGAACAGAGAGCCCAGUCUCCAGCAAUAAGAAUGGCAUCACCAUCCCCGUCUUUCAUCACUAUUGAGUCGACAGCUAGACGCACAGAAUCACCUCUUAGAACUGCUCCCUCUCCUCCACCUUCUCAGAAAACAUACAGUACUCCAUCCCCUAUCCAAAGGGAAGCUACACAUACACCCCCAUUAUCAAUGUGCAACUCGGAUAUGCCAACGUCCAGAAUCCGCACAUUUUCAACAGCAUCUUCUCCGACAAGGGGCAGGCGCUACGAUCAGCUUGUCAAACUUAAAGAUACUACUGCAAAACUAUCACAGGGAAUUUCACAACCUGUGCAGCCUACAUUUGCUCAGAAAACAGAAAAGAGGUCAGAAAUUAUCCCAUCGCCAGCAACUCUUCGGCGCCAGUUAAAGAUUGACCCACCUGUUUUAGAUAUGUUACAUAAAUAUGGAUCUUCUGUAACAGAAAUGUUUGAAGAAGCUAGAAGGUCAGAGGAAAACAAAGUUUAUAUGCGUAAAGAACCCAUAGACAUUCCAGAACGUCUGGGCUCUGACACAGAGGAGAAUGAAUCUGCCACCAAAAAACAGCAAAUUCAAAUGCCACAAGUGGAUCUUGCAGAACUUGUUCAUCAAUUUGAAAUGCCUGAUCAAACAGAUUAUUUUCACGAGGAACAGGUCAUGUUCUCUGAAAAAAUGGGAAAUGAGAAUAAAGAUGAUUAUUUUGGAAAAAUAAAAGAGUUAGAAGAAGUCCCAAAGUUCGAUAUAAAAUCUGUUAAGCCAGUGUUUGAAAUUACUGGACAAAUACCCAUUCCCAUGAAACAUUCUUCAAGGGACAGAAAACCACUGAAAAAAUCUCAACAUUCUCACAAAAUCAGAGAUGAAAUGAGGAAGGCAACACAAUCCAUGUUGUAUCCCGAAGCAAUUAAUAAGCAGUUUGUAUACGUGGAUGGCUUUGAAACAGAAGCAAUCAGCGCAAGAACUAACAUUCAACACUCUGAAAUGUUUUCCGGUAUUGACUCCAGGCACGCCCCACCAACCUAUGAAGAUGUCAUUUCGGGACAGGCUUUAGACAUAGCAAAUGAUCAAACUCCUGAAGAGCUGUUGAAGAAUUUCCAAAAUACGUGGCAGGAAAGUGAACGUGUAUUCAGGAGUCUUGGUUACGAAAUCUCAGACAGCAGUGAAACCACCUGGCAAGAAGAUGUACUUCAUGAACAUAUGGCUUUGACUGGUAAUCUGCAUGAGAGUGUGGAGUCAAAAUUUAGAAAGCAUCAACACUAA